GUUGAAAAGUUAAAAAUAUUCAAAUGAGCAUCAUACAUUAUCAAUAACACUUAUUAAAAAUGUAAUAUAUAGGAGAUGGUACAAUAUGCUUCAAGCACAUAUUUACAUCAAGUCGAUUUUGUUUAAUUAAUGUAUGGUUUAAGGCAAAUUGGCAGCACGUGUGACAGUAAUAAGUACUAUUACCAACUUCUUUCCCGACAACUGAGCGCACAAUCGAAGGACCAACGAUUCUAUCUGACCUGACAGUCGGUGUGGUCGGCGCGUCGUUCGGUUCAUGUCGUGCGCAAGCCUAGUCGAAAAAUCGAUAAGCUCGAAAGGCGCAUAAGCCCCGAAUGAGUCGCCACAGAGUUAGUGAGCGCGUACCGUACACGACGAUACCAACAACGACGUCUACAAGAACGAUUGACGUGAGCAUUAUUGAUGUGAGACACGAGCCUCAGUUUUGUUUACCGUCUCCUUGCGCGAACACAAUCCCUUAUCCCUCCAUCCGAGGAGCGGAUCAACAAGGUGGCUAAAAGAGGUGGUCAGGGAAAGUUAUGAGGCCCUGCUUCAUACCUAUCGUCGUCGUCCUGAUCCUGAUCGAGGCACCCGAUCGUAGCGACAGUAUCUCCUUUAAAACGGUGAAGACAUGGGCGCACAAGCUGGGCUUCGAGCUGUCGCAAUUGGGCAAGUUUGUGACAAAAGUGGAGAAAUUUCAAGACAGCUACAAAGCGGCAGACAUGACGCCACGUGACGGAGCCGCCCUCGUCCAGGAGAUCGCUAAGGAUAUCAAAACUAUGAUGGAGUCCAAAAUCUCGGCUAUCAAGAGAAUAAUGGACACAGCGGAGCAAUCGGCGCUAGCGUCUUUGGAUAUGGAUCCACCGGAAUCCUACGAGUUUAUCAACGCAAAAAACAACACCAUCGAGCUCGAAUGCAGUCUUCAUUUCGGUGGCAACGUAAAUCUCAGCAUGUCGGCAGUGCAUGUGCCCACGAAUGUUUACGAGCGCGCGUCAGACGUCAUCCGGGCGAUUCAAUGGUCCGAUAAGCUCGAUCCCAUCUUCGUCAAUAAUUACGCGCAAGACCCAUCAUUGUCCUGGCAGUACUUUGGUAGCGCGACCGGCUUCAUGCGCCAGUAUCCCGCUAUGAAUUGGUAUAUGGAGCCGGUGGAUCUGUUCGACUGUAGGACGAGAAGCUGGUACAUCGAAGCGGCCACCAGUCCCAAAGAUAUUCUCAUCCUGAUGGACACCUCUGGCAGCAUGACGGGUAUACGGCGGGAGAUCGCCAGACACGUGAUCAAUAACAUCCUCGACACUCUCGGCAACAACGACUUUGUUAACAUCAUCACAUUCUCCGAUACGGUCAAAGGGGUAGUGCCUUGCUUCAACGACACUCUGGUCCAGGCGAACCUGGCAAAUGUGCGCGAGCUGAAACGAGCCAUUAUGAACCUUACUACGGAGAAUAUUGCCAACUUUUCGCUGGCCCUGACUACUGCCUUUGAACUUCUCGAAACAUUUCGCACCGAGCAAGAGGGUGCCAAGUGCAAUCAAGCGAUUAUGCUGAUCACCGACGGAGUGCCGUAUAACUUCAAGGAGAUCUUCGAGGCGUACAAUUGGAAGGACAAUCCGGACGAGCCGCUGAAGGCCGACAUGCCCGUCAGAGUAUUCACCUAUCUAAUCGGCCGGGAGGUCGCGGAUGUACGUGAGGUGCAGUGGAUGGCUUGUGCGAACAGAGGAUAUUACGUGCAUCUAUGCACUCCGGCGGAAGUGAGAGAAGAGGUAUUAAAGUACGUGCCGGUGAUGGCGAGGCCUCUGGUGCUGGGCCGCACAGAUCACCCGACCAUCUGGACGCCCGUCUAUGCCGACGUGACGGAUCCGAAAAUGACUGAUUGGCUGUGGGAGCAGCGCGAGAGUAAGGAACAGAAGGAUCUCAUUCUGCGCCACAAAUACAGGAUAUACAACAUGGAGGAGCAGGAUCGGCGAUAUGUGAAGAAGCAAAAGCGGCACGAUCAGACGAGCGGAUUGCAGAAGUACAAACUGAUGACCUCGGUCAGCAUGCCAGUGUUUGAUCGACGCGAGAACGCGAACAUCACAAGGCAGGUGCUGGUGAACGAAGCGUACUGGGUGACAGAGACAAGAGAGACGAUGAUCGCCAAUCUCCUUGGUGUUGCCGGCACGGAUGUACCGAUCGAAGAGAUCCAGAAGCUGAUGAUGCCACACAUGCUCGGCGUCAACGGCUACGCUUUCAUCGUGACUAACAAUGGUUUUAUCCUGAUUCAUCCCGAUCUCCGCCCAGUGUUCCAGGGCAUCUUAAAGCCGGCAUAUAACAGCGUCGAUAUGGCGGAGGUCGAAUUGAUGGAUCACGACAGAGGUCCCAGGGAAUUCGAUGAAGGAAUCAUUAUGCUUCGCAACGACGUAGUGAAUCAGACGAACGGUAGCGUGACGCUUCAUACAAAGUAUCAUUAUGACGAUAUGAAACGCGUCGGCAGAGUGAAGAGAAAAUACAAUUACAUGGGAAUCGCAAACACACCAUUCACAGUGGUGGUCAGCUUGCCCGAGCACGAGCACACCGGAAGUUAUCACGUGCAUGCUGUUGAGGAAACACAUCGAUUACACGUUAAAGGAAAAAACGUGACAGAUUACUUCGCGGGUAGUAACUGGCGGGUGCACCCCGAUUGGAUGUACUGCAAGUACCACUACGAGGGUGAACACAGGUUCAAUACCUCGGAGAUGCAGCUCCUACAUUUUCUGGAGCGUACCCGCCAACCAGGCUGGAAGUGGAUCGACAUGAAGCAGCGAUCCAAGCCGCCGGAACAAACCGCUUCAGCUCCUCCACACACCCCUUAUACGAAACCUUUCAAGACCGACAAGAACUCAUACUACUGCGACAGGAAUUUGCUGCUCAGUUUGGUAUAUGAUGCUAAGGUAACCGAAUGGUUUGCCCAGCAAACCCCAGCAAAUCCCAGCUCCACUCGCGAGGCAUCAGGGAAGGAAUUUCAACAACGUUUCGCGGUGACCCUGGCGUUCAUGGCCACGCACAGCGGGCUGACAAGGUGGCAGGAUUUCCCAGUGGAUGAGGAUGUGUCGCUACCGGAGGAUCAUUUCAGCAAACUGUAUCAUCGAGCCAUCGAUGAGGUGUGGUACAAACGGGCAGUCGAGCAAUAUUAUGUGAAUUUGGACAGCUUCGUUUUCUCCGUCCCGAUUGACGAUGUAGGUUCCGACAACACUACCCUAGUCACUGCUAGUCGUGCGAUAUUCAUUGUUAAAUCUACAGUAAACGGGAAGACGAUGAAGGCGCCGGUUGCAGUGGUCGGCUUCCAGUUCCAGCACACUGCCCUGCAAGCACUUUUCCAGAACAUAACGUUCAGCUGCGAGGGACUCGGCAAUUGCAACAGGCAUUGCGGUGAUGACACCUGGGCAUGUUAUCUGAUUGACAAUAACGGCUACAUAGUCGCCGCCGAGGACGAAAAGGAGGCCGGUAGAUUCUUUGGUGAGAUCAAAGGUUCGAUUAUGCUUAGCUUGGUCAAGGAGGGUGUCUUCGAAAGAAUAAGGAUAUUCGACUAUCAAGCGGUAUGCUUCAAAAGUACACCGUCCAAAAACGCCGCCAAUGCACUAUUUACACAGCCAUGGAAACAUCUUCAGAAGGCAAUAUCGUGGAUGGUCAGUCAAGCCGCUUGGGCCUGGGCAAAGACGGGCAUAUUGGAGCCCGAUUAUGCAGAAGCGUAUGGCUACGUCAAUGACGAGGAGACCGCCGUUCAUGACGAUGAUCACGAAAGCGAAGAUAAACCUUCGCCAGCUGAUUCGAAGGAAGAGAGAACCUUCGACGAGUCGCUUCUGAUCAAUCGUACGCGUUUAGAAGUGUGCGAUCAAGAGGUGUAUCUGUACUUGCGCAAUACCUCGUUUGACAUGUACGAUGUGGAUGUGGACGACAAGUGCAUACGACCAUACGUGGUGCAGCAGGUGAGCUUCAGCAAUUUGUUGUUGGUGGUGGUGAACGAUGGCUGCGGCGACAUGAAGUCGCCGACGCUGAGCAUCACGCCCGAAGAGGUAAUAUACGAGAACAACACCCUGGUUUGCCAGAAGGCAUUCGCGGGCCUCAAGCGAAAGCGACCAGAAUCCUGCAUACGCAACCAUACCCGCGAGAGCGAGAUCAAAGAACAGUGCGGCCUGGCGACAAACGCUAGAUCAAGUCUGCGUCUCCUGGUGACGACGUUGUUGCUGACAUGCGCGCUGUUUGGAAGGAACGCCGUCCUUCUCUAAGAUCGAGCUGAAUUCAUAGCCAACAAUCGGUGUCAAAUUAAUCGACAGUUGUGUGUAUUCGCCACGGAUCGAACUCUCGACUGUCGCAUUGUGAAAUCUGAAUGAAACCUCGCCUGACGAAUGUAUGUGGUCAUUUGUACAUUACAUCGUUUUCUUCGGCGGUCGGGGUUGCUACACGUAAAUUCGAUUUUCCAUCUAAUAUUCUCCAUUGAUCUUAUCAGUCAAUAAAUAACUCUUUUUUCGCGAUUUGAGAUUCCUAAAUAUAAUUAUGUUUACUUAAAAAAACUUGAGUAAACAGAAAGAAAUAAUGAAAAUAAAAUAUAACUCUCUCUCUUUUUUAAACAUAUUUUUUAUUUUAAUUAAAAUAUUUUUAUGUACGUAUAAUAUCUAUAUUAUGUGAAAAUAUAUUGACAAUGUGUUAACUUAAUAAAAUAUAUUUUUUUUUUUUAUUAUAUUAUACAUUUUUCAAAAAAUAUGGAAGAAAGAAACACUUUAUAUAAUGAAUAAUAUAUAGUGAAACAUCUCAAAAUAUUGCGGAUUAACUAUGUAUCAACCCUGAUCAUAGAUGCUCUGAGAUAUUCUAUGCUCUCUACCUCUCGUUACUGCUAUCAGUAGGCUGUAAACGCUCUUAUACGGACGUAAUCGAGUUACUCUAAACGAAUUUAACGUGCUAUCCGAUCCUGCCCGGUGCGCCAAAUUUCUACGCGAGUAAUGCGAUGAAUCAAACGUGGCGAACGCAAUCGAUAUCAAAAUGUGUGCUAAGAUACAAAAUUGUUCUCGAUAUCGUGAUCGAUCGUCAAGAAAUCAAGAUUAGAUGAUCAGAAUUAGAUCCGUUUAGCGUAGUAUUUUUUGCUAAGAUACUUUUCUUGUAUUAUAAUUCGACGAAAGAUUUUCGUCGAUGCACUCCGAUAAAUAAGUUGUAAAGAAUCGAUGAAUUGAAAGAAAUCGUUAGAAAUGCAUCUUUUUAAAAAUUAAGCGUUCAUUUUCGCCGCGGAUGAAAUCCUAUCAAUUCCUUUUAUAAUCUAGCCACCUUUUAAUAUACCGCGCACGAAUCGACAGAUGAUCUGGCAAUUUCGAGAAUGCCUUGACAGAUAAAAUUAUGCAGAUAUUCGUUUCAAAAGGCAUUUCUAGCGCCAAAUACAUAAAUAGGAAAAUCGAACAAUACGAAGAAGCUAUAGAACUCUGCGUGCUCUGGGAGAAUCUUGAGUCAGCGUAAAUGCUAUCGUAAUUCGUUGAAACUCAUGGAUUUUUCUAGCUGUCGAAGCCGGCAGGGUCGCAUAAAUCACAUACGCCGCAUGUUCACGAAUACAUUACAUACGAUACACUACAUUCGCAUACGCGCUUUGUACAUUAUAAAUUGAUGACGCGGAAAGAGACGACGCGUCACGUUCGACAUUUAUAGAAAGAUUAUAAAAAGUUAAUUUUGUAUAUUACUGUAUUAUAUAUGAGAUUUAUGUGUAAAGAAGUGUGUGCCUUUGGACACGCGUUUAAGACAGGAAAAGAAAAAAAAGAGAAAAAAAAAUACAAAAUCUCUUGUUGUGUAUGUUUAUCGAAAAUAAA